CCCACCAUACCUACAACUCCCGCCACGUCAGCAUUACCCGUAAUCCUUACGGAACCGGCUGUAACAGGUUUUGCUGUGAAGUGUUGGUUCGGAUUUAGGUUCGGAUAAGGAAGAUGGAGGAGAUUAGAGGAGUGCCUACGUGGCAGGAGGAGUUAGCGAGUCUCGUCGACGCCGGAUUACGAUACGACGGAGCACCGAUCGAUUUAACGGCGGCUACUGAAAUCGGGUCAAAGAGAUCGGGUUUUGUGUCGGCGGAUGGAUCCGGAUCCGAACCGAAGGAGACAUUGAAAGAUCAAGUGACGGGAUUCAUGAAAUCUUGGGGAGAGAUGCUUCUUGAGCUCGCGAAAGGAUGCAAGGACAUUGUGCAGCAGACGGUGGUGACUGAGGACUCAUUCGUAGUACGGAAGCUCCGGAAACCGGCGGCUAAAGUGUCGAAGAAGCUUAGCUUUCUAAACGAGUUCUUGCCUGAGGAUCGUGAUCCAAUUCACGCUUGGCCUGUGAUUUUCUUCGUCUUCCUCUUAGCACUCGCAGCAUUAAGCUUUAGUCCAGAGCACGAUAGACCAGUGACGGUGAUAAAGAAACUGCGUUUACAUCCUACCGGUGCUACCCGUGUACAGCUUCCAGAUGGUAGAUAUAUAGCUUACCAAGAGCUAGGUGUUUCAGCAGAAAGAGCAAGAUACUCUUUAGUUAUGCCUCAUUCUUUUCUUUCCUCUCGACUUGCAGGCAUACCUGGAGUGAAGAAAUCAUUGCUUGUGGAGUAUGGUGUCCGUUUAGUGUCAUAUGAUCUUCCAGGGUUUGGAGAGAGUGAUCCUCAUCGAGGUCGAAACCUUAGCUCAUCAGCCUCAGAUAUGAUUAACCUGGCAGCUGCUAUCGGAUUUGAUGAGAAAUUCUGGUUACUUGGCUACUCUACUGGUAGUAUGCAUACAUGGGCUGCAAUGAAAUAUUUCCCUGAGAAAAUUGCAGGAGCUGCAAUGGUGGCUCCGGUGAUCAACCCCUAUGAGCCAAGCAUGGCCAAGGAAGAGAUGGUAAAAACAUGGGAGCAAUGGCUAACAAAAAGGAAAUUCAUGUACUUUUUAGCACGGCGGUUUCCUAUUCUUCUGCCUUUCUUCUACCGUAGAUCUUUUCUCUCUGGUAAACUCGAUCAGCUCGAUCAGUGGAUGUCAUUGUCAUUAGGAGAAAAGGAUAAGCUUCUAAUCAAAGAUCCAACGUUUCAAGAAUUUUACCAAAGGAACGUGGAGGAAUCCGUCCGUCAAGGAAUCACAAAACCAUUUGUAGAAGAAUCCGUGCUUCACGUAUCGAAUUGGGGCUUUACUCUUUCCGAAUUCCGCACACAGAAGAAAUGUACAACCAACGGUGUCCUUUCUUGGCUCAUGUCAAUGUACAGUGAAGCUGAAUGUGAACUAAUCGGAUUUCGAAAACCCAUUCACAUAUGGCAGGGAAUGGAGGAUCGAGUGGCGCCACCAUCAAUGAGUGACUACAUCAGCAGAAUGAUUCCUGAAGCAACUGUACAUAAGAUUCCAAACGAAGAGAUAGACAACUUGUUGUGCCAAAUAUCUGUAUCCGACGGGAAGCUAAAUUGGCGUCAUCCAAGGGGAGAUGAUAUUGGCUGGGCUAUAGUUAAGAGACUUGAACAGGAACACUUCGAUUACGGAGAGGGUUACGACCCUGCAAAGACCCAAACUUGGGAGCCAUUAUUGGAUACAACACUAGAUCUCACCACUCAAAUGAGUGUGGUUCCAGUCGAUUACUUGAUUUACAUAAUCGGAGGCCUCGUUAAUGGACAAAGCAGCAAUAAGGUGUUGAUACUCAAUUGUCUAUCUCAUCAAUGGCGUAGUCUCCCUAACAUGCGUCUACCUCGAGUUUCUCCAGCCGCUGACGUAAUCAACGGUAAGUUCUACGUGAUUGGAGGCUCUACGUCCGACAAUAUCAAGGAUUGGGGAGAGGUUUUUGAUCCAAAGACCCAAACGUGGGAGCCAAUAUUGCCUACAAGACUAGAUCUCACCACUCAAAAGAGUGUGGUUCCAGAUAGAUUAGUAAUGGGUGGAAAGGUCUAUGCCAUGGAUGGUUUGAAGCUUAACUUGAAGACGAAUAUUUGCUUGGUAGAGAAGGUGUUGCGUCUAAUGUCGUCUUCCAAUCAUAGUCUUUAUUGGAAUGAUCCAACGGAAGAUUUUGUGUGGAGGUUGGUUCAAGGACUUGAAGAACUUUCUCAUUAUCCAUAUUUUUCUAGUAAUCAUAACUUGCUUGUAAACUCCCCUGGAGGAAGAAGAGUGAAAGUGUGGUGGAAGUCAGUGGCGAUUCACCCUCGAGAUCACCAUUGCACUAAGGAAUGUAGCUUGGUAAUGGGUGGGAAAGUCUAUGACAUGGUUGGUUUGAAGGUUAACUUGAACCCGAAUAUUUGCUUGGUAGAGAUAGACAACAUGAUGUGCCAAAUAUCGGUUUGCAAAGGGAUAUUACUUUGGUCUGAUCAGGGAGAUUUGGAGUGGAGUAGGGUAAGAGGACUUGAAGGAGUACUGCCCCGUGGUUCAUAUUUUCCUUGUUAUCUUGUUUCGGUUGCAAAUUAUAACGGAGGAAGAAGAGUGACAGUUUGGUGGAAGUCAGUGGUGUUUGGCCGUCUAGGUAGAUUGGUAAUGGGUGGGAAAGUUUAUGACAUGGAUGAUUUGUUUCAGCUUAGAUUGCUCAAUGAUGUUUUCUUAGUAGAGAUAGAAAAUGUGGUGUGCCAAAUAUCUCUAGCGUAUGGGUAUCUACUUUGGCGUGAUCCUAAGGCAGAUGGAUCUGAGUGGAGUAACGUUUUGGGACUUGAGCUUGAAGAACUGUCCCCGUAUCAACCUUAUUGUGUGGAAAACUCCGGCGGAGAAAGAAGAGUGAAAGUGUGGUGGGAGUCGGUGGUGAAUCGCCGUCAAGGUCGCAGGCGUCGCCGUACUAAUGAAUUUGACACCAAGAUUUGAUUGGUUAUGGGAGGGAAAGUUUAUAUUUAUGAUGACAUUGGUUAUAUGCCUGAGCUUCGCUUGGAUGAGAAUAAUGUUUGCUUGGUAGAGGUAGACAACAUGAUGUGCCAAAUAUCGGUUUACAAAGGGAUAUUACUUUGGUAUGAUUUGAAGUGGAGUUGGGUAAGAGGACUUGAAGGACUGCCCCGUAAUUCACAUUUGCCUUGUUAUCUUGUUUCGGUUGCAAAUUAUGACCGAGGAAGAAGAGUGACAGUUUGGUGGGAGUCGGUGGUGUUUGGCCGUCUAGGUCUCAAUUGGACUAAGGAAUGUAAAAAGGAGAUUUGGUGUGCAGAGAUAUCGUUGGAGAGACGAGGUUCAGGAGAGCUUUGGGGAUUCGUCGAAUGGUCAAAGAAUGUGGUUACUUUCGACGGAUGUGAUUCUCCCUCCGAUUUCUUUUUGCAUUCUGCUAUUGUAACUUAUUGAUCAACAUGAUGUUGUUUUUGAGUUAAUUUUAGACUUUGUGGGAAUUUUUUCUUUAACAGUCUGUCGGUUUUUUUUUUUGCUUUCAUUGUCUUUGAAUGUGAUUUUGUACUACUACUACAACUACCAACGAGUAACAAAGGAAACUCAAAACAGAGGCACGUACAUUACGGGAACACACUGUCGAAAUCAAAAUUACAUUUCUUU